UCAUCGACGGCUUUGCUUCAUCAACAUCGAAGCUAACUUGGAGUCGCUCGCAGUUGCGCUAUUGUAUCAUACCGUGUGAAAAUGGAGGAGUUGAGUGAGAUCGCAGAACGAGACGCUAAGAAGGAUGAGAAGGAUCAUGAGAAAGACGCGCGGCAUAAGAGUUUCAAGAAGAAACAGGCUCGGAAGAAAAAGAGUCAGGCGACGAACGCGUCAAGUGAAAAUAUUAACAAUAACAAGGAAGAGAAAAAGAUGCCUAGCGCGUGCAAUAUCUCUAUAAAGGAUAUUCAGAUGGCGAUGGAGGUAUUCAAUAUGCAACAAAAACCUGCCAAAACUCAGGAGGAAGCCAUGCAAAAGCCUUAUCAAUUUUGGAGUACACAGCCAGUACCAAAAAUGGAUGAGAAAAUUGUACGCAACGAAGCAAUCGAGCCUGAUAAAACAUCCGUCAGGGAAGAGCCAUACUCGUUACCUGCUGACUUUCAAUGGGACACCUUGAACUUAGAUGACCCUCUGGUCUUAGCAGAAUUAUACACACUACUUUCAGAGAAUUACGUGGAGGAUGACGAUGCGAUGUUUAGAUUCGAUUACCCUCCGUACUUUUUGAAAUGGGCAUUGCAACCUCCAGGCUGGUGCAAGGAAUGGCAUUGUGGCGUGCGAGUGAGCAAAAGCGGACGUCUAGUCGGUUUUAUUUCCGCUAUUCCAGCUACUCUGCGCGUUUACAAUCAUACGCAGAAAAUGGUGGAGAUUAACUUCCUGUGUGUACACAAGAAGCUGAGAUCGAAAAGAGUCGCGCCCGUGUUAAUACGUGAGAUCACAAGGAGGGUCAAUCUGAAGGGUAUCUUUCAAGCCGUGUACACUGCCGGUGUUGUUCUACCAAAACCGAUCGCGACGUGCAGGUACUGGCAUCGAUCCUUAAAUCCAAGGAAGCUAAUCGACAUCAAAUUCUCUCAUCUCACUCGCAACAUGACAAUGCAGAGGACUCUAAAGCUAUACAAACUGCCAGAUAACCCGAAAGUACCGGGUUUCAGAAAGCUGGUCUACGCGGACGUGCCGCAAGCGCAUAAGAUAUUAACCGAGUAUCUGGAGAAGUUCGACCUCGCCCCGGUAUUCUCGGUCGAGGAGUUCCAGCACUGGUUUUUGCCACAAACCGGCAUUAUUAACAGUUUCGUGGUGGAGAAUGAGGGAAAGAUCACGGACAUGGUGAGCUACUACACUUUGCCGAGCUCCAUCAUGCACCAUCAGACGCAUAAGACCCUCAGAGCCGCGUACAGUUUCUACAACGUGUCCACUGUGACGCCCUGGCUCGAGCUGAUGAUGGACGCUUUGAUAUCCGCCCGUGAUUUGGGUUUCGACGUGUUCAACGCUCUGGAUCUUAUGGACAACAAGGAAUUCUUGGAGCCCCUUAAGUUCGGCAUCGGCGACGGGAAUCUUCAAUAUUACCUUUACAACUGGCGUUGCCCCAGUAUGACACCCGGCAAGAUCGGUCUCGUGCUCCAGUAGGCUUGUAGCUCGACGAGUCGUUGCCUGGAGUGUUUCGCGUUUGCGAUCUCACGACAAAGGGAGAGAGGAGAGAGAGAGAGAGAGAGAGAUAGCGGUUGAAUACGUACCAAGGACACCAUCACGCAGCAAUAAUGCGAGAAGCAGUAAAAACAGCGGUGCCAGACUGGGAUGAGCGCGACCUCGAUUUUUCUUAUCGGGGAGGGUAUACAAAAUACGCUUGGUGACGGUCAACAAAAAUGCGAAUUCUCUUGCAGGAUUGUUCCGUAAGACGGGGUGGAUGGUCGAUUGGUUAGCUCGGUAUCUCACAAGUCACUCUUGUCCUCGCCGUCGGCGCAUCCUGCGGAGAGAAACACCAUACGAAGUCCGGCCGCUCGCGAUCGGGACUGCUGUGGAAAUUGUGCAUUGUUGUGCAGUGCACAUACAGAAUGCACGUAUAUACAUGUGCGUGUAUCUGCGUGACUCGAGCAAUGUAGAUAAGCAUCAUGCGAUUAAUAGCUACUACGUGGCGGCGCGUCGCCCUGGUAUGUCCGCGGAUUUUCAAUAAUGUAAGCCUCUUAGACGCCAAGUAACUCUACCCGUUCGUUUUUUUUUUCCUUUACACCUCCUCGGCUAAUUAGAUGACAACGUACGCCGGAGUGUGAGUGAUAGGCGAGUUAAAAAUAAAAUAUGAGGUUCAUCGAGAA